ACAGAGCCCUUCUGCCAGCCCUGCAGCUGGGGGGGGCCUUAUUCGCACCCCCCCAGCUGUGGGAGGCUGGCGCUGCUUUGGCAACGUGACAAGGGGAGCGGGGGCUCGCCAAGGCUCCGGCUGCGGAAAGCACCAGCCCGGCCAGCGCCGCAGCAGCCGGGGCUGACCAUGAGCCGGUGCCCGGGCCGCCGGGCUGCUCCCCGCCUGCCAGCCGCGCUCCCUCCCCGGCGCGCCCCGGAGCAGGCGGCGAUGCGAGCGGGCGGGGCGGGGCGCUGCUCCCGGGGAGACCCGCGCUAAGCUCCGCCGCGCACCGAGCGGGCCCGGCUCCCGCCGCGGCAGAGGGACCCGGGACUCCGGGAGCCGAGUUCCGCCCACAGGGACCGUGCCAGGCAGGCCGCCGCUUGCAGCAGCACCGCCAGGCGCCGGGGGUCGCGGCGUGGGCCCCCCUCUCGCGUGGGCAGCCGCCCGUGGGCGGAUCGCCGCGGCGGGGCCAUGCCCGAGCGCUUCUCCGGCUGAAGGAUCCCGGGGGGCCGGACAGCCCCGCCCGCCGCCCCCCUUCCCCGGCUCCCGGGCAGAACCAACACUAGCAGUGAUGUGAACAAUGGCUGGUCACGCCAAAGCGUCCCUGGAGCCAGAGGGCUCUUCUCCUGCCUCCUUUUCUCCCCCGGGCUCGCCUCAGCGAAGAGACCCGACGGUCAGUUCCCAAGAGAUAACCAGCCAGUUCGCCAGCGCCAGGAGCAAAGAGGACUGGGAGAACUUGGACGGGAGUGAGUUGAUUUUCACCUUGGAUAAGGAUGAAGAGGAAGGAGCUGCCAAUUCGCCUGAGAACGCUAUUCUGUAUGUGGACACUGGGCAGUGUGAAGGCCAACGUGGAUCUUCGUUCCAUAGGCCAUUCCCUCCAGCUUCUCCUCCAGAGCUGGGGUUCCUGACUGACAUCCCCCUCUAUCACCUGCCUGGCUUCUCUCCACAGAGCUCCACUGCCCCCCCGAAUCUGCAGGGCUCCCCGGGCCCCAAGCCCCUCAUUAACUUAGUAAAGUCCCUGUCGACCGAGAUACAAGCCAAGGAGAGCUGCCCUCUCAAGCCCCAGCCCUUGCUGAACUUGGUCAAGUCCAUUUCGACAGAGAUCUCCCACCUGGAGCCCGAGGUGACGCAGUCCAAGUCAGACUCGAAGCUCAACGUGCAUCUGUGGAGGCAGAUCACCCAGCCCAAGAGCAGAGAUGGGGACUCCAGAACAGCCCCCUCCUCCCCCAAUAUCUCCCCUUCGGAGAGCAAAGGCAGCUUCUUCAGGGUGCAGGAGGCCAAGUUCGAAGACACAAAGAGGAGGUUCUCCGAGGCCAUGCAGGAACCUCUCAGCAGGCUCAGCAAAAUCAUCGGGGACGAGAACAGCGUCUCGGCCAAGUAUAAACUGCCCCACUCCGGUGCUUACGCCCAUGACUCCCCGUCCAGCCACAGCGGGGACUGCACUAGUGCGGACGCCAAGGCUGCUAGGCCCAGCCCCGGGAAAGUGGAGAGCGACCGGCCGGGAGAGCACGCGAGCAAAGCGAUCCGGAGGACCCAGGCGAAGGACGGCUUCCCCUUGGAGCACAAGUGGGGGCCCGCCUUGAACUGCAAGUACGAGAUCUGCUCCUGUGGAGACGUAAUCCAGGUGGUGGAAGUGGAGCAGAGCGAGAACGGCCCAGAGAAGGCGCAGCUGCGGCAGCCCCUGGACGAGCUCCCCCCAGCCCAGCCUGCCAGCCCGGUGCCAUGCAAAACCCUCGCCUGCGUCGCCAUCUUGGCUUACAAUUACUUCAUCCUGCCUCUGCCCCCUUACCUCUCAGGCCUCUGCCUGGGACUGGCCUGCGGGUUCGUGCUGGGCUUCCUGGUCAUCCUGCUGUUCGUGCCAAAGCCUUCCCUGGCUCCCCAGCAGGGACGGCACCCACAGGACAAGCUGCGCUCGGAGCUGCUAACGAGGAAGCCACAGGAACCAGAUGUCCUCAAGAGCUGGAUGAACGAGAUGUAUUUCUACGACCCGGAGAUCUACCACCCGUCGCUCACUCACUCGGUGUUUGUGACUCUGGAAGGCUCUGCCAUGAAGCUCUCUUACCCCAAGAACAACGUCCCGCGCCGAGCCACCUUCGAAGAAGAAACCCUCGAUGUGGCCUUUGUCAGCCAUCGGCACUACGACAUGAGCAAUGCCCAGGUCUUUCUCUUCCCACCUGGCCUGGCCCGAAAGAGGAUGUGGAACAAGAAAUAUCCCAUCUGCAUUCUGUUCCCAGACCAAGAGGACCAGAAUUUCAGAAGCUCAAAUGAGCAUGACAUGGAGCUCCCAAGAGAUGAAAGCCUGAAAAUGACUCAGACACCAGGCCAGGACGUCCCCCUGAAGCCUCCAGGGGACCUCCGGGAAAGGACCCUCUACCUCUUUGGAAGAACAGGAAGGGACAAAGAAGAGUGGUUCCAACAUCUCAUGACAGCCUCCCGAGGGGACUGUCACAAGGUGCAGAGUGCCAGCUGGAGUGAAGGCAAAUUUGGUUUCGGUCCCAACCAGCUCUCUAGCCCUUCAGGAAAGGGCAUCAACAGCAGUGGCAGCAGCCGAGGAAGCACGGACGACAUCCCUUCGUUGUUCAGACCCACGGAUCUAGCUGGGACCGUCCGGCAGAAGAUUCUUCUGGAUUACAGCACCUACAUGUCCCGGUUAGUCCAGCCAGAACCGGGCACCAGCCCUCUCCAGAGCCCCUGUCACAGCGCCAUGGGCAGCCCAACCCCCCAAAAGUUCCUCAGGGAAAUGAAUGGCAGCAGUGAACUGUCCAUGGCUUGGAUGAAUGCACUGGUUGGGCGAAUCUUCUGGGACUUCCUGAGGGAGAAAUAUUGGAUGGACCAAGUGUCAAACAAGAUCCAGAAGAAGUUAAGCAAAAUCAAGCUCCCGUACUUUAUGAACGAGCUCACUCUCACCGAGCUGGACAUGGGGACAUCCAUCCCCCUCAUUCUCAGUGCCUCCAAUCCGAUCAUCGAUAACCGAGGGCUUUGGCUGGACCUGGAAGUCAUCUACAACGGCGCCCUACAGAUGACACUGGAGACAAAGAUGAACUUGUGCAAGUUGGGGAAAGAGGCACUGGCGGAGGAGAGUGGGCAGGCGGCUGCUGAUGGGGAAGGGGCGAAGCCUCGGGUGAUCCUGCUGGCAGACAGCGAUGCAGAAUCAUCCAGCGCCGGCUCCUCCGACGAGGAAGACGUCCUUGCAGCAGAGCCUUCUGGAGCCCUGGGAGAGAGGAUCGUCCCCCCUCCUGCUGAAGGCCACGGCGGCAGCAACAGCACCAGCCGCAAGAUCCUGCGCUUCGUGGAUAAGAUCGCCAAGUCCAAGUACUUCCAGAAGGCCACUGAAAACGAGUUCAUCAAGAAGAAGAUCGAGGAGGUGUCCAACACGCCGCUGCUGCUGACUGUGGAAGUCCAGGAGCUGUCCGGGACCUUGGCUGUGAACAUUCCUCCACCCCCAACAGACCGAAUCUGGUACAGCUUCCGAAUCCCUCCCCAGCUGGAGCUGAAAGUCCACCCAAAGCUGGGUGAGCGGGAAGUCACCUUCAUCCACGUCACGGAAUGGAUUGAGAGGAAGCUGCAGCAUGAAUUCCAGAAAAUUUUAGUGAUGCCAAACAUGGAUGAUCUCAUCAUUCCCAUCAUGCACUCCGGCUUGGAACCCCAACCCCCCCUGGAGGGGCCCUUCAAGGACCUUCCAGCGGAUAGCGGGAAGUGGCUCUGAAGAGUGACCCACUGGCUGGGUCAAGACACUUGGCAGAACUCUGGAGGAUUUGCGGAGAUGCCCAGCUAACCUGGGCCUGGUCACCGGUUGCCACACAGGAGCCAAGACACCGAUCUGAAGUCUCCAGGUUCAUCUCUCCAUCUCGUCUUCAGCGUCCGCCAGCCCAUCAAAGGAGCCUCUUCUUCAAAUAUAAGCAGCAAAGAAUUCUGUGGCACCUUAUAGACUAACAGACGUUUUGCAGCAUGAGCUUUCGUGGGUGAAUACCCACUUCGUCGGAUGCAAGAUCUGCUGCAAGUUCCCAAAGGCCCCUGCACCAGCGUGGUCUGCUGGGAUUUUAGUGUCUCCUUAACCAGCUAGGAAGGGCAGAGGUUUGAGAACUCUCCAAAUAUGAUGCAGCACGUUAAGGACAGAAACAUACACCCCUGGGGGAGGAGCAAGUUGGAGUCACCCAAGCAUACAAAACUCCAGGUAGUUCAUCCAUCACCACCAGGUUCCUCUGGAUCAAUACAACUCCCUUGUGGCCAGGUGGGCAUCUUCUGUGCCAGCUGGGGCAGACACUUGCUCAGGACUGUCUGUUUUACAAAGGGGGGUGCAAGAAACCCUGGAGAGGAGGGAAGCCUGAGGUCCAAGGAGUGUUAAUCAGACAUUGUGAUCAGAAAUGACCCAAGCGUAUUGCAUCAGCACUGGACAUCCUUUAAACAGGCAGCCGGGUCUGCCAGGAAAACUGCAGGCAGGAAAUGAACUGAAACACACACAAAAAAAAACAUAACCCCCAUUACUCCUACAAGUGUUUUAUUGUACUCUGAGUCUCACCACCACCCAGCAGGUUGAAUGGGUGGGUGAGAGAGAGAGAGAGAGUGUGUGUGUGGGUAUGUGUGAGCGAGAGAGAGAGAGAAGAGCGAAGCUGGGUGUCUGUGACAGGCUGUUUUGUAUCUGUGUCUGAACACAAGGUACAGGCAGGGAUGCACAGCCCUGCUCCUGGCCAGGCAAUGGCUAUCGCAGGGGGCUAGCUGAAGGGGGAGAGGGGGGAAAGUGGCCAUUUGAUAGUAACCAGGCAGCAGCGGUGCGGGGAGGGACUGAAACAGUCACAUGUCAAAAUCCACCGACUGUUCUGUCAGGUGAAUUUGGGGCAGAGGGCAGGGACGUGGGGGUGAACCUCCAAUACCUCAGGGGCGGGGAGCCUGGGGGGGAGCGCUCAGUAUGGCAGGGAAGGGAGAGGAGGGGAAGUCCCAUGAGCCUCAGAGAGAGAGAGCGGCUUGUAGACAAAAAGAGAGGCAGCAUUGUCGGCUGCCCAGGUUCAGCCCGUCCUGAGCUAACGCCCUCAGCCCAGGCAGUGCACCCUGCGCCGGGGGAAAGCAGGAGGCCUGGGCAUGAGGCACUGUGCAGGUCAGGGCUCCAUGGCAGCACCUCUAAUGGGUCAAAAGCAGAGGAGGAGACAGCAACAGCCCUCUUCUCCCAUCCCAGGCCCGGAGGACUGGAGUGAGCCAGCCGGCAGAGGAGGUGGGGAUCAGGAAGCCGGUGGAGCGGAGGUCGGAGGGAGAUCGAGUGGUGUGUGUCAAGCUUUGCAGCCAUGUGAGAGCACUGCCGGGCAUUAAGGGGUUAACUCGUCAGCUGGCACAGCUUCCCUUGGCCUGCCUUUGUCCUCACUGAUGCUCACCAACAUUGCACCCUGAUUCCAUCCUGCCCCGGGAGUUACCCCUGAUGGGGCAUGAGCAGGAGGAGCCUGGGUUCCCUGGGUAUUGAAGCCCCACUGCACAAGGCCUGUGCCCCACUGAAGCUGGCCCCCCUCUGCCUUGCAGUGAAUGAGGCAGAGAGAAGUAGCCUCCUACCGGCAUUUUCCUUUGCUCCAUGCUUCCUCGCUGUGAUGUGUUUCAGGAGAGACACAGCUCAGCCGCCAGCAACGCCACAAGCAUCUGAAGACACCAAGAGGACCAACCCUGCACCGGGCAGCGAUGGACGACGCCCCUCCGGACGAUAGCACGAGGCACGAAGUGAGACCAUUUGAUGCUCCACGCAAUAAAAGUAGCAGAUUCUGUCAAGUAAUGUCAGGGCACUGCGUUAAAACAAAGGGCUUUGCAGACCAGGUGGAUGUGUAAGAGAAGAGCGGAACUGAAGCAAUAAAGUUUGCAUUCAUCCACCAGGGAUUCAGGCUGGGAUGUGUUUGUUAUUUUCCAGUUAUAUUUAUUGUGCUGUGUGUCUAUAUUGCCAUUUCAGUGGGGCUUUUCUUUAUAGCCACUCACUAAAGACCAGGAUGUAGAACUCACUAUCCAUGGUCCAUCUAGCCCAGUAGCUCAUCUUCCAGCAGGGGCCAGUGCCAGAUGCUUCGGAGCAGGGCAAUAUAUUGAGUUAUCCAUCCCCUGUUGGCCAGUCCCAGCUUCUGGUAGGUGGAGGUUUAGGGUCAUCCAGAGCCUAGGGUUAUGCCCCUACUAUCUUGGUGAAUAGCCAUUGAUGGACCUGUCCUCCAAUAACUUAUUUUUGAACCCACUUAUACUUUUGACUUUCACAACAUCCCCUGGUAAUAAGUUCUGUAGGUUGAUUCUGUGUUCAUAGAAUAUCAGGGUUAGAAGGGACCUCAGAAGGUCAUCUAGUCCCACCCCCUGCUCAAAGCAGGACCAAUCCCCAGACAGAUUUUUGCCCCAGUUCCCUAAAUGGCCCCCUCAAGGAUGGAGCUCACAACCCUGGAUUUAGCAGGCCAAUGCUCAAACCACUGCGCUAUCCCUCCCCCCUCUGUGAAGCAUAGGUUACAUACCAGUUAGUCGUUUUGCAGUUUCACAAAUGAGUUCCUUCAGAACUCUUCGGUGAAUCCCAUCUGGUCCCGGUGAUGUAUUACUGUCCCAUUAUCAAUUUGUUCCAAAACCUCCUCUAUUGACACCUCAGUCAGGGACAGUUUUUCAGAUUUGUCACCUAAAAAGAAUGGCUUAGGUGUGGGAAUCUCCCUCACAUCCUCUGCAGUGAAGACCUAUGCAAAUAAUUAAUGUUGUUUCUCUGCAAUGACCUUGUCUUCCUCGAGAGCUCCGUUAGCACCUCAAUCAUCCUCUGGCACCACUGAUUGUGUGGCAGCUUUCCUGCUUCUGAUGUACUUUAACAAAAAAAUCUGUUAGUUUUUGAGUCUUUGGCUCCUUGCUCGUCACAUUCUUUUUUGGCCUGCCUAAUUACACUUUUACACUGGACCUGUCAGGGUUUAUGUUCCUUGCUAGGCUUUGAUGUCCACUUUUUUAAAUAUGCCUUCUUGUCUCUAACUGCCUCUUUCACUUUGCUGUUUCGCCAUGGUGGCAUUUAUUUUGGUCCUCCUACAAUUUUUUUUUAUUUGGGGGUAGACAUAUUGUUUGAACCUCUGUUAUGAUGUUUUUCCAAAAGUUUCCAUGCCGCUUGCAGGCAUUUCACUUGUGGGUUUUUUUUUUAUUUCCAUUUAACUGGCCUCCUCAUUUUUGUGUAGUUGACCUUUUUGAAGUAAAAUGCUACUGUGGUGGGUUUCUUGGGUAUUUCCCCACCAUGAAGGUAAAUUUAAUUGCAUUAGGGUCAUUAUUACCAAUCGGUUCAGUUAUAUUCACCUCUUAGACCAGAUCCUGUGCUCCACUUAGGACUAAAUCAAGAAUUGCCUCUCCCCUUGUGGGGUCCAGAGCUAGCUGCUCCAAGAAGCAGUCAUUAAUGGCAUCUAGAAAUUUUACCUCUGCAUCCCGUUGUGAGGUGACAUGUUCCCAGUCAAUAUGGGCAUAGUUGAAAUCCCCCAUUAUUGGGUUUUCUGUUUUUGUAGCUUCUGUAAUCUUCCCGGGUAUUUCACAGUCACCAUCACCAUCUUAGUCAUGUGGUCAGUAGUAUAUUCCUACUGCUACACUCUUACUGUUCAAGCAUGGACUUUCUAUCCAUUGAGAUGCUAUGGUAUUGUUUGAUUUAUUUAAGAUUUUUACUGUGUUUGACUCUAUGCUUUCUUUCAUAUAGUGCCACUCCCCCACCUGCUCAAUCAUUCCUCUAUAUUUUGUACCCUGGUAUUACUGUGUCCCAUUAAUUAUCAUUGUUCCACAAAGUUUCUGUUAUGCCUAUUAUAUCAAUAUCCUCAUUUAAUACCAGGCACUCAAAUUCACCCAUUAUAUUAUUUAGACUUCUUGCAUUGAUAUACCAGCACUUAUAAAAUGUGUCAAUAUUUAGCUAUCUGCCUUCAUGUGAUGUAAUUGAAUGGGAUUCUUUUUUAUUUGACUGUUUCUCUUCCAUUCCUACCUGUACUUUACCAGCUUACUAGGAUAUAGAGUAUCCCCUUUAAUAAA